AUGAGCGCACAGGCUCCCACCGAAGUCCCGAUCGACACCAGCCUAUGGGCCUAUGCUACCAAGGUGGACGGGCUGCAUGCCAGCAACCCGGGAAUGGAGGCGAUGUUUCAGCAAGCAAAAGCGACCUUUACCGCCGCCUCCGAGAAACUCACAGCGGAGCACACCAAGGCCGUCAAGUAA